GUGAAAACGUCCAUGCCUCUACCCCUACACAUGUUCAUUCUAAUUUGACAGACCUGACAAUGCUUUCUCUGCAGUUGUAGGCUACCUGCGUUUGAGUGCCUCCCUCCGAAUAGGCAUACCCCUCCCCCUUGCUACUUUAGGAACUUGCACCCAUUCAUUCUGAUUCAUUAACAUUCCUGCCACAGAUUUCCACAAAAGAACCGGAGUGGACGACAGAACAACAGGCACAGAAAAGAGGUUAAGAGUGGUGAGUCAGCCCUCAGCAGAGCGGAGCCCCUCUCCUCACGUACAGAGCUGCCAGACAAGGUGUUCUCCAGGAGUGUUGCCCCCCCCCCACACGCCCCACCGCUCUAUCCAGACCCUCUAGGACAGACAGGAUCCACACUCCUCUGGACAGGACCUCAUUUUUGUUUACUGUGAAUGAACGGAUAAGGUGAUGCCAGAGGACAGCUGUUGCCGAAUAUGCUGCAGGGGGGUGUAUAGCUGCUACUGGAGGCACCCCAGUGAGAGGAAACGAAAAUGCUCCUGCAGCGGGUUGUCAGUCCUUACCGCUGUGUCCCUCCUCACUCUGUUCUGGAUGUACGUCUGUCUGAUGGCUUUCAAUGACCGUGAGGAUGUCAACUGGAAGGCCUUUUCCAUUCUGAAACUGUGGGUGAACUGGUUCAUGGUGCUAAUCAUCAUCUCUGCUGUGUUGACCAUCUACUGCACCCUAUUACUGGUCUUUGCGCUGUUCCAACUUGCCUUGAAAGAGCCUUUGGACUUACACUGUCUGCACAAGUUCUUCCUGUUUUUAGGUGUGGUCUUCAUCGCCCUGGGCAUCGCUGGAAUAAAUCAACAGUGGAAAGAAGAGUGGCACACUGUUCUUCUGUCACUGCAGGCCACGGCUCCAUUCCUACAGAUGGGAGGGGUUGGAGCCCUGACGCUGGUCAGCAGGCUGGUGUUCCAGGGCUUCCAUAGGUCCCGCGGAGUAGCCUCUAAGAUCCUCAUCAUGGUAGCGUUUGCUGGCGCGUCACUGGCAAUGUUCCUCAGCCCCCUCCUCAUCCAAUCCCCUUGUCUGGUGGACGUGAAACGGUUGCCCCCUAAACCUGCCCUCUUUGGUCAUCGCGGAGCACCAAUGCUGGCCCCAGAGAACACCAUGAUGUCGUUCAGGAGGAGUGUGGGGUGCAACGUGACCGCCUUUGAGACGGACGUGCAGCUCAGUAAGGACAGAGUUCCUUACCUGAUGCACGACCACAACAGCCAUUUCCUGAGGAGGACUACAGAUGUUCUACAGAAGUUCCCUGGGAAAGACUUGAACCACAGCACAAACCUCACCUGGGAAGAGCUACAGGAAUUAAACGCUGGUGAUUGGUUCCUGAAGACAGAUCCAUUCCGUUCAGUGUCCCAGCUCUCAGAACAGGAGAAGAAGACAGCUGGGAACCAGAGUGUUCCCUCCCUUCUGCAGCUGCUUGACCUGGCCAAGACUCAUAACACCUCUGUCAUCUUUGACUUGAAGAAUGACGACAACAAUGACACUUAUGACACUGUGCAAACCAUCCUCAACUCUAGCAUCCCCCACGACAAGAUCCUCUGGCUUCCCCCCAGACAUAGGGAGUAUGUGAAGAAGGUCGCACCAGGGUUCAAACAGGUUUACAACGAUGUGCAUGAGAUGAACCGUGACGAAGCAGAUCAUCUGAAUGUCAAGUACAGUGCGUUGAGCACCACAGAGAUCAGGGAGCUUCGGAACAGGAACGUGUCGGUGAACCUGUGGGUGGUGAAUGAACCAUGGCUCUUCUCUUUAAUGUGGUGCUCGGGGGCCAGCUCUGUGACCACCAACGCCUGCUCCGUCCUACAGGACAAGAACCAGCCUGACUGGACAAUGGGACCUGAUACAUACAGAUGCAUAUGGAUCACAGUGGACCUGGGGUCAUUACUCAUAAUGUUCGCACUCUUCAUCUUAAAGAGAAGGAAAUGUUCUGCUUUGGAAUCAAGAGAGCUAUCCUUCUUCUUACCACCUGAAUAGUUCAGCCUGGAUCCAGAAAUCCAUCCCACCCCACCCUACUGUCUGAAUGGCUCAGCCUUGAAUCAGGAAGUAAUUAGGCUAAUUGAAAAGACAGUAUCUAAAAAAAUUGUGGAUCACAUGCGUAAAGUACAUUUUACAUUCAUUAUGAGAAUUUAUGAACAAAGGUGUAAAUACCACAUCCAUGUGUUGCCACAAGGAUGGCCAUUCAAGAAGUCAUUUUCUUGUCGUUUUAUUUCAAUAUAUUUUAGAUGCUUUUUGUGACUAUUUGUAAAUAGUGUUUUCCUAUAGAAAACAUUUAUUGGUUCACUGUAUAUAUUAAGUUUAGUCUUUAUUUGGAAACUACUGGUGUUGGGUUCACUGAUAAAUGUCAGCACUAUUUCCACUGGGGCUUACAUUCUGAAUGAGAGAUUUACCAAAUGAUCACAAAUCAUCUUAUAUUUUUUUAUAAAAUCGUAUCUGGAUUUGACACCUGUGUGUUAACGCCGAAGAGAACGUGUGUGUACGCGCCCGUGCGUGAGUGAGUAGUUGUGUGCGUGAGAGACAGAGCGUGUGUUUCAGAAAAAAAACAUGUAAUGAUUUAUUUGUCCGUGUGAAUAAAUUUUUUUUUGGAA